AUGAAUGUCGACGAGCUCUUCAAGAUGCCCAAACUGCCGUCGGGCAGCAACAAAAGGCGCAUGCCGGAUAUGCCAACACCAGAGAUGCUCAAGAAGAUGCGCAUGGACACAGGCGCAGGCCCGUCCUCUGUGGUCGUCCCCGCACGCGACGGCGCGUCGGAUCGAGGCAUGUCGCGUGCAGCCACAGUCGAAGACGUCGAUGACGAGAUGAACGACGAUGUAGACCGCGACUUCGCGCCCGGUGGCGAUGCGGAUUAUUUUGCCGAGGAGGACGAAGAGGGACGCUUCUUCGGUGGAGGUCUGUCCAGAGAGCAGAAGGAAAUCCUGAACAUAUUCGACAAGGAUGUAUCGGAAGGGGUGCACGAGGAUUCGCAGCUGGAAGAAAUGAACCUUCCUGCAGUUAAGAGACUGCUACUGCGAUUCGAGAGAGCCGAGAAGAAGAAUCAAGACCAACGCUCGAAAUACCCGGAUGAUCCCACGAAAUUCAUUGAUUCGGAAGCCGAUCUCGACUUGGCACUCAAAGCCCUGCUACCACUUGCCCAAGCACCCAUAAUUGCGUACCCGGAACUAGUUUUAUCCGGUGCUGUCGCACGCCUGAUAGGACUCCUCAGUCACGAGAACGCAGACAUUGUGAUUGACGUCGUUGAAGUCAUACAUGAACUUACAGACGAAGAUGUCGGAAACGAGGUAGAGGGCGAAGAGGAAGAAGAGAGCAAACGGGAAGAUGCGUUGAAGAUCCUCAUGGAGGGUUUGCUCGAGAACUCGAUACUCGAGCUCCUUGUCGAUAAUCUAAAGCGCCUCAACGAAGCCGAGGAGGCCGAUAGGCAGGGUCUCUUCCAUAUCCUUGCUAUCUUCGAGAAUUUCAUCGCGUCUAGACCUGAACUGUCGACGCUGCUCGUCACCAAAACAACCAUACUGGAAUGGCUACUGACCCGCAUACAGGCGAAGGAACACGAUGACAACCGAGGUUAUGCGGCAGAGCUCCUGUCCAUCCUCCUCCAAGACAACCGUGAGAACAGACUGGCGCUUGGCAAGCAGGAUGGAAUUGAGACUAUGCUCAAAGUGUUGUCUCAAUAUCAUAAACGCGACCCUGUGGAUGCGGACGAGUUUGAGUUCAUGGAGAACGUUUUCGACACGCUAUGCUCCACAUUGGGCGAGCCCGAGGUCAAGAAGCUGUUCCUCGACAGCGAAGGUGUAGACCUUAUGGUUCUCAUGCUCAAGGAGAAGAAACAGUCUCGCUCGCGCUCCAUCAAAGUCCUCGACUACUCCACGUCCGGGCCCGCGGGCACGCAGUGCUGCGAAGUUUUCGUAGAGGCGCUAGGGCUGAAGAGCCUUUUCUCGACGUUCAUGAGCAAGGUCUCGAAGAAGAACAAGACGCAGAACGAGGACAUCUCGCACACGCUUGGCAUCGUUGCGUCACUCUUCUCGAACCUCGCGUCUGACUCGCCUGCGCGUAUACGUCUCCUUGCCAAGUUUGUCGAGAGCACGUACGAAAAGACGGACAAGAUGCUCGAGAUACGCGACGCAGCACAAGUCAGACUGAGAGAAAUUGAGAAGGAGAUCGAGCAAGAGAAGAAGGACCUUGAAGCAGAAGGAGAAGAGAUCGACCAGGACACGCAAAAUUCAUGGUAUCUGCGAAGGCUCAAUGCCGGCCUCUUCACGUUGCAGACGGUCGACUACAUCCUGGCGUGGGUAGCUAUGGAAGACGAUGGCAUCCGCGCACAUAUACAACAGAUGCUCCGACGACGAGACAAUUCGCUCAAAGACAUCGUCAAGACCCUCGAAGUGUACCGCGACAACGUCGACGAAGAUCCGUCAGCGAAGGACAGCGAUGAGCACUCACAAAAGGAAAUCCUCCAGCAUCUCAUUGACUUCCUGGACGCUUGCUGA